AGUUGGGGUGAAGGGUGCGCAGCGGCGACUGCGGGGUCGCAGCGAUUUGUCUUAAGGAUGGAGGAGCACCCGGUUGCAGGCUGGCGCCCGGUGACGAUUACUCGGGUCGAACGCUCUCGGGGGUCUUUUGUGUUCUGGACUACACUUUCCAGAGGCCUCCAGGGGUAACGUCACUUCCUUCUGAGGUGGUCGGCGCCGCUAUGCUGGAGCGAACUGCACAGCGCCCCGGUGGAGGAAGCGCGGCCGGUGUGUUCGCUCCGGUGAGGCGCAACGGGAGCCUGACGCCAGGGAAGCUGACGGUGACCAGAGACUAAGGGAAGAGUUGAUGUUUGACAACUGAGUUUAAUCCAAGGACUGCACUUCUCCGUGAGGAGAAGCCAGAGGAGGACUCAUAAGUUGCAAUUCUAAGACAUGCCUUGUAGAUUGGUGUUGUUCAAAGAUGUGGCCGUAGACUUUUCCCAGGAGGAGUGGGAGUGCCUGGACUUGGAACAAAAGGACUUGUACAGAGAUGUGAUGUUAGAAAACUAUAGCAACCUGGUCUCACUGGCAGGAUUUUCCAUUUCUAAAGCAGAUGUGCUUUCCUUAUUGAAGCAAGGGAAAGAGCCCUGGAAGGUUGUGCAGGAUGUGUCAAGAAAUCAGAGUUCAGACUGGGAAUCCAGGUGUGAGACCAAAAAGCUAUCCUCAAAGAGAGGAAUUUAUGAAAUAGAAUCAUCUCAAUGGGAGAUAAUAGAACAGCUUACAAGACAUAAGUGUAAAAGUUUUCGAGAUUAUAGGGAAUGCAAAGACCAGGUUGAAAGCCAAUUAGGAAAUAAAGAGGGACUUUUCAGGCAACUAUUAAUCACUUGUAAAGAAAUUCCCAAUUUUAGCCAGACCACAUCCCUUACAUUAAAACAAAGAAUUCAUUUUCCUGAGAAAUUCUAUGAAUGUAAAGCAUGCGGAAAAUACUUUAUCCAUGGCUUUCAACUUACAGAACAUCAGCAAGAUCAUUCAGAUGAAAAAUUCUAUGAAUGUAAAGAAUGUGGAAAGGCCUUUAUUCAGAGCUCAGAACUUAUUUAUCAUCAGAGAGUUCAUGUUAAGAAACCCUAUGAAUGUAAGGAAUGUGGAAAAACCUUUAUUUGUGCCUCACAGCUUACUUAUCAUCAAAGAGUUCAUACUGGGGAGAAACCUUAUAAAUGUAAGGAGUGUGGGAAGGCCUUUAUUCGUGGCUCUCAUCUUACCCAGCAUCAAAGAAUUCAUACUGGUGAAAGACCCUAUGAAUGUAAUGAAUGUGGGAAGGCCUUUUUUCGUGGAUCUCAACUUACUUACCAUCAGAGAGUUCAUACUGCAGAGAAACCCUAUCAAUGUAAAGAGUGUGGAAAGGCUUUUAUUCGUGGCUCCCAACUUACAGAACAUCAGAGAAUUCAUACAGGUGAGAAACCCUAUGAAUGUAAGAAAUGUGGGAAAGCCUUUAGUUAUGGCUCACAGCUUACUCUACAUCACAGACUUCAUACUGGCGAAAAACCCUAUAAGUGUAAAGAUUGUGAGAUGUCCUUUAUUCGUGGCUCCCAACUUACUGAACAUCAGAGGAUUCAUACAGGUAGGAAACCACAUGAAUGUAAGCAAUGUGGAAAGGCCUUUAACUAUGGCUCACAGCUUAUUCGUCAUCAGAGGAUUCAUACUGGUGAAAAACCCUAUGAAUGUCAAGAAUGUGGGAAAUCAUUUAUUCGUGGCUCACAACUUACCGAACAUCAAAAAAUUCACACUGGUGAAAAACCUUUUGAAUGUAAGGAAUGUGGGAAAGCCUUUAUUCGUGGCUCACAUCUUACUCAGCAUCAGAGGAUUCAUACUGGUGAAAAACCCUAUGAAUGUAAAGAGUGUGGUAAGGCCUUUAUUUAUAGCUCACAAUUGACUCAACAUCAGAGAAUUCAUACAGGUGAGAAUCCCUGUGAAUGUAAGCAGUGUGGGAAGAUCUUUAUUUGUGCCUCACAACUUACUCUACAUCAGAUUUCUCACUCUGGUAGGAAACCAUAUGAAUGUAAUGAAUGUGGUAAAGCUUUUAUUCGUGGCUCACAGCUAACUUACCAUCAGAGAGUUCAUACUGGUGAGAAGCCCUAUGAGUGUAAUGAAUGUGGGAAAGCCUUUAUUCGUGGUUCACAUCUUACUCAGCACCAGAGAAUUCAUACUGGUGAGAAACCAUACAAAUGUAAUAAAUGUGGGAAGGCCUUUAGACGAGCCUCACACCUAACUCAACAUCAUAGUAUUCAUACUGGUGAAAAACCCUAUGAAUGUAAGCAAUGUGGGAAGGCCUUUAGUCGUGAUUCACAGCUCAUUCUUCAUCAGAGACUUCAUACUGGUGAGAAACCCUAUGCAUGCAAGGAAUGUGGGAAGGCCUUUACUCAGAGCUCACAACUUAUUUUACAUCAUAGAAUUCAUACUGGUGAAAAACCAUAUAAAUGUGAAGAAUGUGGGAAAGCCUUUAUUCGUAGCUCACAACUCACCCGACAUCAAAAAGUCCAUACUGGUGAGAAACCUUAUGAAUGUAAAGAAUGUGGGAAGGCCUUUACUCAGAACUCACAACUUACUCUGCACCAGAGACUUCAUACUGGUGAGAAACUCUAUGAAUGUAAAGAAUGUAGAAAGGUCUUUACUCAGCUCUCACAACUUAUUCUACAUAAGAGAAUUCACACCGGUGAAAAACCUUAUGAAUGUAAGGAAUGUGGGAAAGCUUUUAUCUGUGGCUCACAGCUUUCUCAGCAUCAGAAAAUUCACAAUGGGGAAAAGCCAUAUGAAUGUAAGGAAUGUGGAAAGGCCUUUAUUCGCGGCUCUUUGCUUAUGCAACAUCAGAGGAUUCAUACUGGUGAAAAGCCCUAUAAAUGUGAAGAAUGUGGGAAAGCCUUUAUCCGUGGUUCACAACUUACUCAACACCAGAGAAUUCAUACGAAUGAGAAGCCUUAUGAAUGUAAGGAAUGUGGAAAGACCUUUAGUCAUGGCUCACAACUUACUCAACAUCAGAGAAUUCAUACUGGUGAGAAACCCUAUCAGUGUAAGGAAUGUGGAAAGGCUUUUAAUCGUGGUUCACUCCUUACUCGACAUCAAAGGAUUCAUACUGGAGAAAAACCCUAUGAAUGUAAAGAAUGUGGGAAAACUUUUAGUCGUGGCUCAGAACUUACUCAGCAUGAGAGGAUUCACACCGGUGAGAAACCUUAUGAAUGUAAGGAAUGUGGGAAGUCUUUUAUUCGUGGCUCACAGCUUACCCAACAUCAGAGAAUUCAUACUGGUGAGAAGCCGUAUGAAUGUAAAGAGUGUAGAAUGGCCUUUACUCAGAGUUCUCAUCUUUCUCAACAUCAGAGACUUCAUACUGGUGAGAAACCCUAUGUAUGUAAUGAAUGUGGGAAGGCCUUUGCCCGUGGCUUACUACUUAUACAGCAUCAGAGAAUUCAUACAGGCGAGAAACCAUAUCAGUGUAAGGAAUGUGGGAAGGCCUUUAUUCGUGGUUCACAACUUACUCAACAUCAGCGAAUUCACACUGGAGAAAAGCCUUAUGAGUGCAAGGAAUGUGGGAAGGCCUUUAGUCAUGGCUCUCAACUUACUUUACAUCAGAGAAUUCAUACUGGUGAGAAGCCCUAUGAAUGCAAAGAAUGCAGGAAAGCAUUUACUCAGAGCUCACAUCUUUCUCGACAUCAGAGAGUUCAUACUGGUGAGAAACCCUAUCAAUGUAAGGAAUGUGGGAAGGCCUUUACUCGUGGUUCACAACUAACUCAACAUCAGAGAAGUCAUAUCAGUGAGAAAUCUUUUGAAUAUAAGGAGUGUGGGAUAGAUUUCAGUCAUAGCUCUCAAGUUUAUAUAUGAGUUACCUGAUUCUUUAUGAUUAAGAUAGCCUUCUCUGGUCACUAAUCCAUUAUUAUCAAAGAAUUCCUAAAAUGUGAAUAUGGGAGCGUAUUUGCCUCAUAAAGUUCAGCAUCAGUGAAUUCUAAUGGGGGAAAGAUACUGUUAAUGUAAUCUAUGUAGAAAAACUUAUCAUUACUGGAAACCUAUUAAACUUUAGCUUAUAAUAAUAGAGAAUAAUUCUGUUAAUAUAGUAACUAUAUUGAGGCCUCUGGCUGUAGAAUAUGUCUUUUCCAACAAUAUUUUGACUCUACCAGCUACUUUUCUUCAUGACAUUUGUAAUUAACCUCUGCUUUGGCUUAAUCGUUUGUAAGAUAGGCCUAAUACUUUCCUUGUAAGAUUCUUGGAAGUAUUAUGUGAGACAUUUCAUGUAAAGUUCUUAGAGCAGUGCCUUGAACAUAGUAUACCACAAGUAUUAGCUAUCAUUAUUAAUAGUAUGAUUUUAGAGAAUUUGCAUGAGAAGAGGACACUUAGGGGUAUAAUGAAUAUUGAGAAAUCUUUCAUUAAUAUUUGACCCUGUUUGAGUGGGGGCCACUGUAUGCUGUAAUGAACAUGAGAAAGCUUUCAUUCACAUCUUAUUCCAUAUGCUAGAAGAGGAAAUUCAUACUGUUGGGUGUUGCGGGGAGACAAAAAUUUGUAGAUUUAAUCAGUGGAUUGUUGAAGAGAGGUAAAGUGAAUUGUAACAGGUCCAAAAAUUCAUAUGUCCUAUCAUUUUUACCAUAAUUCAAGAAUAUUAUUUAAGAAAUGAAAAAUAAUGGCUAGCCAAAAUAAAAUUUCUACUAGGAAAUUUCUAAAAACUUGAAUGUACAGCUUUUUAAUUAAACUAAAAAUAAACUGAUAUUACUAUUUUGCAGUGAAACAUGACGUUCUGUCACAGACUGCUACUUCCCUACCCAAUAUCCAUUUUUCCUUUAGAAUUCUUGGCUGAAAAAUGAUCUCAGCCUCUUUUGCAGCUCAGCAAGAUGGAAGUGGUAUUUGUACAUGUAGGACAUUUAAGAAUACCUUUCUCUCUCUGCAUUUCUUUGUUUCCCUGCCUACAAUGUGGACAUUUAGUUUACAGCUCUGGUGAUUUUAUGGAGAAUUUGAAAAUGAUUAUCUGGGUACUAAGGAUGAUGGAGCAGAAAUACAGAAUGAGUCUACACCUGUACUGGUCUUUUGGAACAGUUGUACCAAUUCUGGUCUGUCUGCCUCCUGUAUUUCUUUAUAUAAAAUUCAAAUAAACUUAUUUGUUGAUGUUGUUGUUAUCCUGUCAUUGACACUAAAAUGUGAAUUUUGUACCCAGAAGUGGAGUGCUAUGGGUAAAGGAAGUCUUAAAUAUGGCAUUGACUUUGUGCCAUCAUGAAUGAGAAUUAACCUACUUCAGGCCAGAAAACUAAAGAUUUUUGCUUUUAUAGACAGGACAUUUGGUCUGACUGUCUUCCAGUCUAUCUUACAAGGCAGAUCCUUCACCAGUUAAAUCUAUAAUUUUAGUAGAAAUGAUAGGAGUCAUUCAGAAUGUGUGUUGGGUGUUUCUUGCUGCUUUUGGUAAUGUCCCAUGAAAGAUAAAUUUGGUAUAGACUUAGUUGCAGAGGCCACUAGCAGAGAUUGAAAGCGAUAUUGCUUUGUUAAGAGAUGUCAUCUCUCCCUACAGGCAUCCAGUCCUGGUUGACAGUAAAUUCAUAUAUUGCUGUAUCCCAGCUACUGUUUUUAGGUGUUUGGGAUAUAUCAAUGAGCAACUCUAGCAGGUGGAGAUAGAACAGUUAUAGAAAAAUUACAGAGUAUAUUAGAACAUUAGUGUUAUGGAGGAAAGGUCAUUCAGAAGUAGUUCAGAGGAAUAUGAAAGUUUAUGAAAUGGACCACAGAUAAGAAAUGAUUUCAGUUGAGAUUUGAAGACGUGAAAGAGAAAGUGGUUAUCUAAGGGAAGAGUACUGCAAACAGGAGGAAGCUAAGAACAAAUGUCCUAUAAUGGGAUGAUGUUAGUAUACUUGAGGAACAUCAAAGAAGCUAUUGUAGAGGUCUGUGCAAGGGGGUGAUUAAUAGAGGAGAAUAGAGAGAUAACAGGGCCACAUCUUAUAAGUCCUUUUCAGUCACUGUAAGCAUUUUGUAAUUUUUUCUGGUAGAAGAGGCAGCCACGGGAGUGUUUCAGCAGAGGAUGUGACUUGACAAGCUGCCAUUGUGUUGUUUAAAUUAAAAAAAAAAAAAAAAGUGAAGUGGGCAAGAGGCCGUGGCCCCUUAAUUCAGAUGAAAGAUAUUAGCUUACAUCAUAAUGGUAACAAUGGUGAGAAGUGGCUGGACUCUAGAUAUAGGGUAAAUGUGAGCAAGCAAGAUUUGUUUAAGGGUUAGAUAUCAGGUGAGAGAGAAAGGUUUCUGGGGUGACUUUGCCUCACAGAUUUUGACUUCAAACAACUGGAAAGAUGGUAUUUCCAUCAGCUGAGAUGGGAAAAGCUGCAAUUCCUUCAGGUUUGUUGGGGAUAUUGGGGAGUUCAGUUUUGAAAAUGUUGAGUUGAAAUAUUUUUUAGACAAAAUGAUAAUAUUGAUUAGGCACUAGGAUGUUUUAGCAUGUACUGCUCUAGAGAUUAUAUUAAUUUGGUAAGUAUUGCCUAUACUUAUAUAAAACCAUGAGGCAGAAUAAGAUCAUUAAAGAUGGGUAUAGAUAGAGAAAAGACUGAUCCACAGUGCCUUCUAACAUUAAGAAUUCAAGGAUAAAAGGACAGGCUAGCAAAGAAUGCUAAGAAGGGUGGGUGGGAUAGAAGGAAAAACAGAAUAGUGUGGCAUUACAGCAGCUACAUGAAAGUGAGUCAAAGGAAGACGAUCAAUGGUUGUAGAUACCAUUAGCAGACAACAUAAUACUAGAUGAGACUUGACUUGAACUUAUUCAUAUUAUUGUUGAUCUUGAGAAGAGUAGGGGUAUUUUUGUUUGUUUUGGAGUGGUUGAGUUAAGAACCUGUUGAAAAAUAGAAAUUGGGGACAAUGAAUAUAGACACAACUGCUUGGAGGUGUUUGCAGGAAAAAAAAAAAAAAAAAAAAA